UUCCUCCUCUUUCCCUUGAAUUCUUCCAUUCCUCUCCCUACCACCACACCACCUCCUUCCAUACGAUAUUUAUAACUCUUCUCUCAUUAAUUACCCAUUUAAUAUUGUUUACAAUACUUUAAUAUCACUAUGAAAAUUUAUUAUUUAUUAGCAUUUUUUAAAAAUUCAAAAUAAUAAUUGCCAUUAUUAUCUUCUAUAUUAUACCCUCUAUUCAUACAACCCAACUCCCAUUUACUCAAUAACUCCUAUCCCUAUAAAUUCCAUCCUUUUUCACCCUUCAUUUCAACUCUCUCUCUUUCCAUCUUCUUCGUCUUCUUCUUCUCAAUUCGUCUCAUCCAAUUCCUCUCUUUGUGAGGAAUGGCGGCCGACGUAAGCACUCUGGUUCGGAUAAUGAACGGCUACACGGAGGAUCAGCCGGUGGUCAACGACUCCGGCGGCGGGAAAUCAACGGUGCUGAUUACUCAGGACUUGCUUGGUGGGUGUUGUACUCUUGACUCCACAGAAUUGGACCUCGACUUGCAAGUCCCUUCCGGCUGGGAAAAGCGUCUCGACUUAAAGUCCGGAAAAGUUUACCUCCAAAGAUGCAACUCUCCAAACACUUCGUCUGUAUCAUCAGACCAUAAUCACCAGUCCAAUGAAACAGUUCCAAAGCUUCAAGAUCUAAACUUCCCUCCAUUGUCAAAACAGCCACUAAACCUCUUUGACGACACCAACUUAGACCUAAAGCUCGUUUCAUCAUCAUCAAAUUACCAAAGCGUAUGCACUCUUGAUAAAGUAAAAUCCGCACUUGAAAGAGCAGAGAAAGAAACAAUCAAGAAGAGAUCAAUAUCUAUGUCAAAAUCAUUGUCCCCGCCUUCAAAUUCAUCAUCUUCAAUAAAAAAAACCAAAAUGGAUUACGAGGGGAAAUUAUCAUCAUUGUCAUCAUUUGCUGCUGGCUGCCCGAGUUGCUUGCUUUAUGUGCUGAUAUCGAAAAACAACCCUAAGUGCCCUCGGUGUAAUACGAUUGUUCCGUCACCGGUUAUGACAAAGAAGCCCCGUAUCGAUCUUAAUAUAUCAAUAUGAGAAGUUGAGGGUCAUUUAUGCUUGAAUUCAAUUAGUUUGAUUUUUGUAAAUGAUAGAAGAUAGUUUUGUAAGUGAAAGAAUGCAAUAUAUACGGGCUGGUGUACUCUACUGGAAAUAGUAAAGCUCAGUUUUAUGGCUUUUCUCUAAAUCAUUUCAGUAAUUGCUGUGAUA